AGGUUACAAAAUAAAUUAGGUGUUAAAAAGAAAAAGGAGAAGUGGGAAGUGGGAGAAACACUCAACUCAACACUCCUGAUACUUGUCAAUUGUCAUCACAUCUGUCAUACUUGACGUUUAAAUUAAAAACAAGUAUUUAUUAUUGAAAAUAAUGAGUGAAAAGUUUGUGAUAUUUAGUAUAAAUGGAAAAGAUGCAAGUGCUUCGGCUGCCGUUCUGCCAGAAACUUUCGACGACCUGUUGAUAACAGCUUCGGAAAAGUUAAAAGUAAAAGCCCAAAGAGUAUUUCUCGAUGACGGAACAGAAAUUAAAGAUAUUUCACAAAUUCGAGAUAAAGAUAAACUAUAUUUUUCAGAAGGGGCAGAGUUUAAACCACCUCCUCCAGCUGUUGAUAACAAUUCUGAAUGGGUCACUUUAAAUGUAGGAGGAAAAUAUUUCACGACUUCUAAACGAACUUUAACCACAAAUGAACCAACAAGCAUGCUUGCGAGGAUGUUUUCAGACGAUACAGAGGGAUAUUUAACACCUAGCAGCAUAGAUAAAAAUGGUGCUUAUUUAAUAGAUCGCACCCCUACAUACUUUGAGCCUUUACUCAACUAUUUAAGAUGUGGUCAAUUAGUAUAUGAUAAAAAUGUUAAUCCUGCAGGAAUAUUAGAAGAAGCAAAGUUUUUUGGCAUAGAAUCAGUUAUACCUUUAUUGGAACAAAUUAUAUCAAAAGAAAGUUCAAAUAGGGAUAUCUUGCCACUGACUCGCAGAGAUGUUAUUGAGGCCUUAAUAAAAAGCCCCUAUUCAGCAGAAUUGAGAUUUCAAGGGGUUAAUUUAUCAGGUUCGGAUUUAAGUAGGCUAGAUUUGAGAAAUAUUAAUUUUAAAUACGCCAACUUACAAGGCUGUAAUUUGAUGGGCUCUAAUUUAAGUUGGUGCUGCUUGGAGAGAGCUGAUUUGUCUUAUGCCAAUCUGGAUACUGCUCAAUUAUUAGGUGUAAAAUCCCUGUGUGCAAAUUUCAACGGAGUCACAAUGAAAAAUUGCAAUUUUAAGGAUCCAGCCGGUAGCAGAGCAAAUAUGGAAGGGGUAAACCUCAGGGGCGCAAUUCUAGAGGGCAGCGACAUGGGAGGAGUUAACUUAAGAGUGGCUACCUUGAAGAACGCCAAUUUGAAAAAUUGUGAUCUGAGAGCCGCUGUAUUAGCUGGUGCUGAUUUAGAGAACUGUGAUUUGUCUGGAAGCGACCUGCAUGAGGCUAACUUAAGAGGCGCAAAUCUAAAAGAUGCUGCAUUUGAAUUGAUGUUAACACCCCUACACAUGUCUCAAACCAUACGGUAGUUGGAGUUUCUGAGAAAUCGAUUGAGAUCGCGCGAUUCCAAUUUUCUCGCGGAACUUGAUCGAUUUCACGGAUUUCAGGAGUUUUCCAGUUAGUUUUUUAAAUAUUUAUAUUUAAAUUUUUAUAUAUGUUCCUAUUUCCGAAAAUUCCUUGUACCAAACUUCGCACCAAAUUUUCAUAUGUUAGUUUUAAAUGUUUAAUUGGACCUCAUGUACUGUUAAAUUGGUUUAUAAAGCAUACAUUACAUUACAAUGUAAGGGUGUGUACAUGCCGAAGAUG